UCUCCCUCCCCCGCUGUUUUGGCUCCAAAGCCUCGGCUCGGACGACGGAGGCCUGCUUCGGCCAGAUUCUCCAGGCUUCGCCCCCGGAGCUAGACGCUGACCCAGGACGAGGCCUCUAUGAAAGCAGAUAACUAUCCUCUCCGAUAUUGUAGAAGAACAUUAACAUAUUGCACAACAGUGAUCUGUCAAAAUGGAAGAAAGAAAAUCCAAGAGGAGGAGUCCCAAGUCAUCUACUUCUCAUAUUACUCAGGUUGUCAACAAUAAGAAAAACUCAGUUCCUCCAAGUAAAAGUGCAGCAUUUUCAAAUCCUGCACCCCAGCCACCUUUACAGAAACCAAAGUUUAAGAAAGGCAUGAAAGAGAAAGCCAAAGCACCUGGAGGAGAGAACAAAGGCGCACAAUCGGCUCCAAUCCAGCAUUCAUUUCUCACUGAUGUGUCAGAUGUUCAAGAGAUGGAAAAAGGACUUCUGAGUCUUCUAAAUGACUUCCAUUCUGGCAAACUUCAAGCAUUUGGAAAUGAAUGCUCCAUAGAGCAAAUGGAACAUGUAAGAGGAAUGCAGGAAAAGUUGGCUCGCUUGAACUUGGAGCUUUAUGGAGAGCUGGAGGAACUUCCUGAAGAUAAGAGAAAAGUAGCUAGUGAUUCCAAUUUGGAUCGACUAUUGUCAGAUCUGGAAGAACUGAAUUCUUCUAUACAAAAACUUCAUUUGGCAGAUGUUCAAGAUGUUCCGAAUGCCACCACAACCUAAAAAUUCAGCUUUUUUUUGUUUGUUUUUGGAAUGCCAGGGUGUCUUAUUUGAUUUGCAGUGGACUCCUUCUUGCUUUUGCAACAAAACAUCAAAGUACAAGUGAAUAUGUUCACACAUUCCUCUUAGCAGAUGUGAGUGCUGCAACUUUGUCAGGGUUGACGUUUAAGGUACAAUAUGCCUGUCUCUUGCUGCUAUGCUUUGUAUUAUGGCCUUAUCUACCAUGAAAUGUUGGAAUAACCUGAAAGUGCAUUUUUAUAAUAUUCUCAGUUUUGGUUAAGCCAGUAAUAAAUUGUAGUGUAUCUACUGCCUUUUCCACAGUGUAGACAAUCAGCAAUCAAGUUGAUGUCGUGAAGCUGUUAAAUAAGUGUGUAAUUUAUUUUAGCAAUAAAAUAAUUUCAAACAA